UCCGCCCGAACUCAUCUGGGUUAACAGUGCCUUAGCUAGUGUAAUCUCUUUCAGAAACUGUGCCAAGUUAAUCCGCAAAAGGACUAUCGGCUUCAACUUCUGUCUGGUUGUAGGUUCAUUGCCAUAAGAGGUUGGGCUGCUCCUCUUCCCAGGGCCAGAGAAGCCAUAGCAACCUGGGCUCCUAGCAGAUUGAGUGAUUUGUUAAUUUGUUGGGUAUUCUGUUGAUGCUUAUAAUGACAUGGCUUAUACUUUCCAACUCCAAAAACCAUGGCAGAUGGAAUCCAGGAGACUGAUUCUGCUGAUGCUUAUAAUAGGUUCAGCUGCUUUGGUGUUUCAGUUUCUAUGUCUUCCCUAUGCAAGCAUUUUGCUCUCUGUACUACCUGCUUUUAGGCAUCCAGUACUUGGAAGAAGCAGCUUUCAAACGGGAGAUUCAUCUCCUACACAUGUGAUAGUUGGAAACUUGCCCCUUUUAAAUGAUUCAAAUUUCACUGACUCAUCUUUGGUUCCUGGAGUGGUAAAGGGUUCAGUUAUGGGGAGGAGAACUGAGAAUAUGAAAGAAUCAAGUAAGGAUCCAGAGAAUGAUUAUGCAUCAGAAGAGGUCCUCGGCCAAGGAUAUGAUUCAGAAUUAGAUGACGUUGAGAACACAUAUGAUGAGUCUUCAUUUGGAAAAUCUGAAACCCUGGUUAUGAAUUCCAAAUUCAAUAAAAAUGGUUCAGGAAGUGUUUCUACAUUAGAAAAAACCAGAGAACCUGGGGUUUUCCUUUCAAAAGAAGAAGAAGAUAAGAAACCAGUUGAUUUGUUAUCCAAUGAUACUUUGAAGUCAGAUAUCAGUUCGGCAUUGGAUAAAUUUGGAAAUCUGAAUACUAGUGUGGGAUCACCUUCUUUCCGUAACUUGGACCUUGUUAAAAACUUGGAUGAAGAUUCAAUCACUUCAAGCAAUAGUUCUAAAAUUACCAGUAACAUCAUGAAGAAGAAGAUUGGGGGGAUGCCACCAAUCUCAAUCUCCCAAAUGAACAGAUUAUUAUUUGAUAGCCAUGUUUCCUCCAAGCCAAUGUUGAAGGAACAACAGUUUUCAGUCCGUGACAGGGAGCUUCUAUCUGCAAAAUUACAGAUUGAGAUGGCUCCUAUUAUAAGGAAUGAUCCAGAACUCCAUGCUUCUGUUUUUCGCAAUAUCUCUAUGUUUAAAAGGAGUUAUGGAUUGAUGGAACGAAUACUCAAAGUCUAUGUCUAUACAGAAGGUGAAAAACCAAUAUUCCAUCAGCCAAAACUGAAGGGAAUAUAUGCUUCUGAAGGAUGGUUUAUGAAGUUGAUGGAAGCAAACAAAAAGUUUGUUGUGAAGGACCCCAGAAAAGCUCAUCUGUUUUACUUACCCUUUAGUUCAACAAGAGUACGAACGAUGUUGCAUAAAUAUAAAAAUUUCCACACUGUGAGGAACCUAGCUGAGUAUUUGAACAAAUAUGUGGACAUGAUUGCAGCAAAAUAUCAUUUUUGGAACAGAACUGGUGGAGCAGAUCAUUUUCUUGUUGCUUCCCAUGACUGGGCCCCCAAAAUAACAAGGCAGCAUAUGGGUAAUUGCAUCAGAGCCCUAUGCAAUAGCAACGUCGCCAGCGGAUUUAAAGUAGGAAAGGAUGUGAGCUUUCCGGUGACAUUUGUAGGCAAUUCAACGGACCCUUUAGGUGAUCGUGGAGGCAAAUCCCCAUCUGAGAGGCCAAUUCUGGCAUUCUUUGCAGGAAACAUGCAUGGAUAUCUCCGUCCAAUCCUACUGCAAUAUUGGGAGAACAAAGAUCCUGAGAUGAAAAUAUUUGGUCCAAUGCCUCAGGAUGAUGAGGGAAAAAUGAGUUACAUACAACACAUGAAGAGCAGUAAGUAUUGCAUCUGUGCUAGGGGUUUUGAAGUCCACACUCCUCGAGUGGUAGAAGCAAUCUUCUAUGAGUGUGUUCCUGUGAUCCUAUCCGAUAACUAUGUGCCUCCAUUCUUUGAGGUUUUAGAUUGGGAAGCAUUUGCUGUCUUCAUCCCGGAGAAAGAUAUUCCAAACUUGAAGAACAUACUCCUUUCAAUUCCAGAGGAGGUGUAUCUUGCAAUGCAGCUAAGGGUGAAGAAGGUGCAACAGCAUUUUCUUUGGCACAGUCAGCCAGUAAAGUAUGACAUAUUUCAUAUGACUCUUCAUUCAAUUUGGAGCAAUAGAAUGUAUCGAAUAAAGCCCAGAUAAUGAUGUGAUAAAGCUUUCAGAUUCUGAGAUGUGAGAGCAGGAGGAGCUUAGUCCAAGCAGUGACUCUGCUACCCAACCUGAAACCAUGUGGAGGUGGCCCAGGAGUGGAGUAUUUUGCCGAAUAAUAGUUUCUAACUCAAUUGCAGUGCAACACAGGUUGGGUUUGAUCAUUAA